AUGGCUGCCCGGUUAUCGGCCGCGGCACUGGCCCCUUUAAGACCAAUCUCGAGUUCGGUCUGCGCGGCCCGCCAACUCAGCCAGUCUCUCCUACAAAGUCAGCAAACUCGAGGCGUUGCGCAGACAUAUUUGAAAAAGGUUGCGGAAGGAGAAGAGCGCUGGAAGGCCAGGGCGGAACGGAUUCAGAAUGGAGAGCAACGGCACGUCUGGGACAUUUUGGACGAGCGAGGAUACAUCAAGGAUGUCGCAGGAAACACGGACAGGAUCAAGGAAGUUAUGCGAAUCAAGCGAAUCGGUGCAUACGUCGGAAUUGACCCCACGGCCGACUCUCUGCAUGUAGGCCACAUGCUGCCACUCAUGCCUCUUUUCUGGCUCUGGUUUCAUGGAUAUCCUGCCGUGACGCUUAUUGGUGGCUCGACAGCAAGAAUUGGCGACCCUACCGGCCGUCUACAAAGUCGCGAGCAUAUCACCAACUCGGACAUAUCCAAGAACAUCACCAAAAUCCAUUACCAAUUAUCCAAGCUGUGGCACAAUGUCGUCCAGAUGCGAAUCAAGUACGGCUACGAAGACGACUGGGCGGCUAAGAGGAGCCUGCUUAACAACAAUAUGUGGCUGCAAGGCCUAACACUGUACGACUUUAUAAAGAGACUUGCGAGGGACACUAGAAUCGGUCCCAUGCUGAGUCGAGAUACAGCUAAGCGCAAGCUGACAGAUGGUGACGGCAUGUCCCUGGGCGAAUUUAUGUACCCUUUGCUGCAAGGAUGGGACUUUUGGCACAUGUACAACAAAAUUGGCGUGCAAAUGCAGAUUGGUGGCUCUGACCAGUACGGCAACAUUGUGUCGGGAAUCGAGUCGCUCAAGACGAUCCGAGAAACAGAGGAAGCGCCGUAUGCGCGGAUGGAGUCGGGGUGGCAGCACGACCCCAUUGGCUUCACUGUACCACUACUCACAGACUCUGCCGGCGUCAAGUUUGGAAAGAGUGCAGGCAACGCUAUCUGGCUGGACGAGUUCAAGACGUCUGCCUUCGAACUAUACGGAUACUUUAUGCGUCGAACUGACGACGAGGUAGAGAAAUUGCUGAAGCUUUUCACCUUCUUGCCCAUGCCCAAGAUCCAGUCCAUCAUGGAGGAGCACAAUGCAGACCCCGCGAAGCGCAUCGCGCAGCACAACCUUGCUUUUGAAUUCGUGUCCUUGAUUCAUGGAUCGCAAAAGGCCCUGGAAGAGGCCCAGCAGCAUUCAUUCCGCUUCGGCGGCGAGUUGCCCUCUAUUGUCAAGGAACCGGCAGCAAGCUCUGGCAUCAUCAACGCCAACACGGCACCGCGAAGCGACAUCAAGCUACCCCGCUCUGUCAUGAAGCUGUCGCCCGCUAAGCUGCUAUUUGCGACCGGCUUAGCCCCCAGCGCCGCCGAAGGCCAGCGUCUGGUCAAGAUGCAAGGUGCCUAUGUCGCCGCCCAACCCGGCCAGAAGCGCGGGCUCGUACCUGGCAAUCUGAACUGGACGCCGAUGAAGAUGUGGUACCCCGAGGAGACAUCCAAGUUCCUUCUGGACGACCGCAUGCUCAUUCUGCGCAAGGGCAAGCACAACGUGCGCAUCGUAGAGCUCGUCGACGACGAGGAGUGGAAGGCCAGCGGGGAGUUCUACCCGGGCGAGCCGUACACAGGCGAGGUGCGCCGCAGGAAGCAGGAAAUCAUCGCGCAGGCGGCCGAGGACGGCAAGACGUUGACCAUGACGCAGGUCAACAAGAUGCUGAAGAAAAAGGGGCGCCAGGAGGGUCUCAGGGUGGCCAACAAUCCGGACAUUGAGCUGCCUACCAAGACCGAGGUGCGCGAGCGCGUCAGGCUGACGCACAUGCAUAAAAAGGAGGAGAGACGCACGCGUGGUGAUGAGCACGAAUGGUGA